AAAAAGAGAUCGCGGCCGCGGCACAGCACGUACCGACGAAGUUCCAGUGCGCAAGCCCGACGCUCCAGAAGAUGACCAUGCGGGCCCGGAAUUUAGCUGAUAUGAAGAAGCACAACAUGGCGAAGUUCAAACCCACGGAAUUUGAGCUGAUCCACAUGCAGAGGAUCCAGUGCAGCGAGAGAUGCGACUUGUUUGGCCAGCUGUGGAGGAGGCGGAAUUUCGAAAAAUUGAAACUGGCGGAGCUCUGCCCGGGCAGGUUGAAAUUCACGAGCGUGGACAACCCAUUGCCGCGGAACGUUGUGCAGAAAAGACAGAUGUACUACGUGAAAACCGUUUUGGAUCCAAGUUCGGACAAAGAGGACAACAACGCAGGACCAGCAGGAGAGGAGAAUACUGCGGACCACAGAGUGGAUUUGGGAAGAAUCGUGGCUGGUGGCGAUCGGCCGAAAACACCCAAAAAAGCGAAGACGCCG